UGUGCAAGACGAACGGCCCUCUGGGCAUGAUCACGGGAUCUAUUAGCGACUGGCAGAUCAGCUCAUCCUCGACGUACCCGAGCGAGUGGGACCGAGGAUGUCACGAGAAGUACGCCAGGCUGUACCUACCCAACAAGCUGGGCUGGUGCGCCAAGUACAAGAGCUCUUCCGAGUGGCUCCAGGUCGACCUGGGCGUGGCUGCAAGGGUGACUGGCGUAAUGACCCAAGGACGCGGUGACGGAACAGAGUGGGUGACCAGGUUCAUGGUGUCUUACAGUAUGGAUGCCUACCACUGGAACUACGUCACGGAUAACUACGGCAACCAAUGGCUGUUUGAGGGUAAUAUUGACUCAUUCACGGUGAAACACAACUACCUUGACCGCCCUAUCAUCGCCCGUUACAUCAAGUUCCACACAGUGCAAUGGAACAGACACCCCAGCAUGCGUGUUGAGAUUAUGGGAUGCCAACUGUGCAAGGAACCGCUUGGACUCCCGCCCUACGGCCGUAUCUCCGCCUCCUCCGCCAAACGCUUCAAGAGAGGCAGCUCCUGCCAGCCAGAGGACGGACACAUCCUCAGCAGCAAAGGCUGGUGCUCACGCAAGCAGAAUGAUACCCAAUGGCUACAACUUGACGUGGGACCCCCAACCCUCAUCACUGGUAUCAUCAUCAAGGGACGAGGGGACACUCGGCGCAAACACUGGGUGCAACGUUUUCGCAUCGCCUACAGCAACGACACCUAUCUGUGGUACUCAUACAAGGACGCUCAUCAUCUGGAUCCUAAGAGUCGGUGGUUGUGGAGCCCGUCUCUAAAUACAACCUCUUCACAUUUAAUCCCUGACAAAUACUCGGAAAAUGGACUGCUAUUCGGUGGGAAUUCUGACAAGGAGACGUCACGGACUCACUUCUUGAACAGCCCUUUCGUGGCGCGCUACGUGCGUUUCCAGCCAGUGGAGUGGAAGGGGAAGAUCAGCAUGAGAGCAGGACUGCUUGGCUGUCCGUACACAGUCGAGAAUUUGGCCUACAACAAAGACAGCUGGAUCAACAAGAAAACUCUCUAUAAACGUCAUAUCCGGCACAAGCUGCCGGAAGGUCACGCAGACCGGGCCGUGGACGGUAACCUUGACCUUCGCCUCCAGAGCUGUACGAUCUUGGACAACCUGUACGGGAAGUACCCGCUGUGGACCGUGGACCUGGGCCAGAAGGCGUCCGUGUCCGGGGUGGUCAUCUACACGUGGCAGGGAGACGGACAAGAAAAAGCGACAUCUUUCCGCGAGUACAUGAAGAACUUGGAUCAGCUGGUUGUCUACGUGGACGACAAGAUACAGAAGAAGGACGACGAACACGACGAGAGUUACGCCUCAGGAAACAUGUGCAACUACAUCUCCUCCCUCAACAACGCCCUCUUCAGCAAGAAGCUGGUUCUGCAGUGCGUCAGGAGUCACGUGGGCAGAUAUGUCCUCAUCGAGGCCUGGGGACGUCAGAUUGGCUGGAGUCGACUCUUCGGUGCCGUACUGUGUGAGGUUCAAGUGUUCAGCUAAAUGUGUCCUUGACCUUUAUGUGAGGUUCAAGGGUUGGGCUGAUUGGUUUUAGAAUUUUACGCGACGUUCAAGUGUUCCGUUGAAUGUCCUUGACCUUUCUUCGAGGUUCAAGGGGUUCAGCUGAACAUCCUAGAACAUUUUGGUGAUAGCUCUGAAUACAAAAGAGCAGACGAUUGAUUUAAUGUACAAAUAAAAAACCGAGAGUGUUUGUUAGAGAGUGAAAAAAAAUGGACGGUGUUCAGGUGUUCUGAAAAAAUAUUCUUGACCUUCCUGGUGAUAUGUCUAUCAAACAAAGGAAUCAAUGGAACAUAUAAAGACAAGCAUGCAGUGUUCGUGCGGAAAGUGUUAGGGGUAUGUGUCAAACUAACAUAAUUGAACUUAUGGCAAGGUUCAAGAGUUCUAUGGAAGGUUGUCGAAUGUUUUGGCCGUUCCUCUAGCUCCAUAUACGUGGACAAUGCAGCAUUACACGCAGAUAGACAGGCGUGAAUAUUCAGGAUGACGUCAAUAUUUGUGUCUACUGGACGCAUCAUAUACUUCUACUGUGAACUGUUGUGCAAAGCAAACGUUUUAUAGCUAUAGUUUGUCAGGUUUCUUUAUAUAAACACUGUGGUAGCUCAUACCGUCUCCAAGAAGGAAGCAUACAGGAACAGGAGAUAAAACACUACCAUGGGGGAAAAGCUGCUGUAAAUGCAAGGAAUUUGAACGAAAGAGAUUGAGUGUGUUGCAAAACGUUCUUUCGGUACAGAAACGAGAACUCCGUUCUGCUUUGACGUGGCAGAUCUGUCUGACUCUUUUCCUUGCUCUGCAGACACGUGUUCCAAAGAGUAUUAAGAUUUCGAGGGACGACUAACAAAUUUCCUGGGACCUUAACGUUUCUGCGAUUUCACCCCCAUCCGUGCAACAACAUCAAAAGGUUUCCAUGUGCGAAGAUAUAAAGCCCUUACAGAUUGUGACAAAGCAGAUCUGGAGUUGGUCUAUUAAAGUAUUAGUGAUGUAGUUUCAUUGACAGCUAUUUUAACUUUUAAAAAACAUUUCGUCAUGUCUUACAUGAAAGAGUCCCAUUGCAGUAAAAGGGAUUUUUGGAUUCUUAACUUAAAGUGUCUUACACGUUAGCUUAAAUAUAUAUGAUCUAAAUGAUCAUGAAAACUGCCGAGCUCUUCUUACUAUCAGCGAGCAUGGCCGUGAAAUAGGCAGAUAUCAUGUUACGCUACGCACUUAAUGGCCGUCAUAUAUUUUCUGAACUUAUUUUUUUCAUAACUGUCUGAAAAGUAAUAACAAACCACCCUUUCAAAAUUUGCGAUUAUCGCACGCUAUUUAGGGCGCAUGAAAACCUGAACAUGAAGGCCUCUUCUCACGCUUCUGUAACAAGUGUCUAAGCUCAUGGGAUAUACGUGACACUCGUAAACUUUGUUGUGAACACACAAGACGUGUUGUUGCUGCGACGAGCUAGCGUGAAUGUGACUAUCUACGCCCAAAGACGUUAGAGUUGACGAAAUGGUAAAGAACAGAAAGCAAACCAGAGGAUGCUGAGAGGGGCCACUGAUGUCUCCGAAGACUUCAAGGAAAGUAAACGGUUAACUCUGACGGCUUCGGAGAUGGUGCUCUGAGAGAUGGCCUUUGGUGAGGACAGUUCUACCUCUGUACAUUUGGCGAGCUUGGAAGGUGCAGCUGCCUCGAAGCAAGCUGAUUCAUUUCGAAUCUCUAAAGACUGAUCUGAGUAUUGCUAAAGGCACCUCUCUGAGAUACGGAACAUAUUAUUAUGGUUUGGUCAGUAAGAGGAUUGUUUUUCCUCGACACCCAAACUUAUACCCAUAAAUACAAGAUACUCCCCGGAAUGGUUGCCAGAGAUCGGAGAGACUUCUUGUUUAUGUUAUGUGGUUCAUAGAUGAUAUCUAAACGAUUAUGAUUUGCAUAACAAUACGUACAUUUCAUCCGUAUUUAUAUAUAUUAUAUAUAAAUAUAUAAGAUUUAUGUCUGGUGUUAGAUGUGUUGAAAGUGUUGAGACGCAAUGUGUGUGAACUAAUAUGUUGAACUAUUUAUUUGUAAGUGUUGUUGUUUUGUAAAUGUACUUCUAAUAUGUUACUUUUAUGGUGUACUUGUUUCUGUUCUGAGCUGGUCGCGUUUUUCUUCUAUGUUUGACCAAAGUGUAAUAAGAACACAUUUACGUGAGCAAUAGUUCUUCUGUAUUACGCUUUUUAGAUACUAUGUAGUAGUGGUCGAAACUGUAUCAGUUUAUUCCGUUUUGUUGCAACUGUUUUACAACAGCCUGACUAUGCAUUAGCUUUACUACAUGCAGCGAAUACUAUGCAAACAAACUUUGACGAGGUAUGGUUUUCCCCGUUUGGCAUUAUACUGAUCUAGCUACUUGUAGGGUAGGCUGAUAUUCAAUGAGACCGUUUGCUUUCUCUUUACUUUUACAACUUAGAGGGAGCUCUGAUGUAAUGUAGCUGCUGCAAUAUUUGAAAACAUUACAAUACUGAUGUCCUAUGCUCUCUGAUCAUGGAAUCCGUGUCUGAGGGGUAGCGGUAAGAAUGGUCGAAGAAGACCCGUGUUCUUAUCCCGAAUUGGGAGAAAGUUAGUAUCUCGGUACCUCUGCUGGGAUGUUGUAGCCCUUUCAGCCCGGGUAAGCCCUGACAGGCAGGGCCGAAGAUCACCUCCUAAAUGGCAUGAAUUGUGACGAUUGGGGCGUAAAACACCACAUUAAAAAGACAACCUCUUUCUUAGAUCGUCCUUUCUUAAAUGAACGUUUAAUUUUUAGGUCCCGUUUCUUAAGCGGCCUUUUAUUGGGGAGAAGGUAUAAAACAGGUUCCAUAACGUAACAUUAGUCAAUAAUAUAUGAACCGGUUAUUAUGCUGUAACGCUUGGACUCUCUAGACGCUUUGUUUCACGCGCAAAAAGCAAGAGAUCGAAUCCCGCUGGGAAUUCUAUUUUGUAAUCUACGUUUCUUCUCGUGGGAUGUGGUAUCAUCUGUCAGCUAUAAUUGGCCUUGACAGGUAGAGUCGCAGCAGCCCACAUUCUAUGAUUAUGUUCUAAAUUAAGAGGCAAUGCGGUCGCGAAACAUUUAGAAUCGGUACAGAGCUCUUUACUUAUAUCUUUCUUCUAGUUUCAUCUCUUCUGAGUAGAUAACGUACGCCUUAUUUCGUGUGACUUAGUGGGGUGGGUUUUAUGUUGUUCUUCUUUUGCAUAUAUCAUGCUGGAGAUUCUUUCUAUCUCAAAUUGUGAAUAAACCCUGCAUCCAAGUUCAUUUGCCUAUUUAAAGAACCUGUUUAUAGCAUCUGUACCUAAGUGUAAAUAACAUGUGUGAAUGUCGACCGAUGUUCCUGAUGAUGUAAGUGGUCAGCUGCAAUCUACUUACUCUGUUCCGUAAAUGCUGAGAUAUUAAUCGUGAAAUCUCUGCAAGAGUAGAGUAAUAAUAUUAUUAUUGAAACGUUUUGCUUGUGACUCCAGAGAUUUGUUUUGGAGUAUUUAGGCAUGUACUUUACAGACUAUCUGGUUUUGUAUAAUCCCAGUAACAUACGCACUGUGCAGGGGAUAAUUUUGGCACUUCAGAAAGAAAUGAAAAUGUGUCUUUUGGUACGCAAAACUGGCAAUGUUACUUUGUCUAAGAGGGGUUCAAAUAACAAAAAUCAACAAAACAGAACUCGGGAUAUUUCAAAACUUUAGGAGAAUCCCCUUGUGACUGUAGAUCUAAUUAUAGAAUCAAAUGUGCAGAGCGUGGGGGAUUUAAAAAAAAAACCCUUUAAACUAUCAACAUGUGUUUUUGAAAAACCGUUUUCUAUCAAAGGCGUUUUUAAACCAAUGCACAAAAUAACUAUGAAACAAGUUUGCCUAAUGUUCUUUAUGAUAGACUGUGAAUCAAUAUCAAGCUGACAAUAAGCUUCUCUGAGUAGCCAAAACGUCUCUCUAGAUUUAUUUUCAUUUUCAUUAUUAGCUAAGGCAGCAGACUUUAUUGUUUCACCCAAAUUUUUCUUUUAUUUAUUUUCCAUUUUAAGUUUGUUUUAUCAAAAAGAGACGGUUUCAGUGUUCAGCUGACAGUUAUAAUGUGUUGUCGUUUCGGGUACAUUUCAGCGUUAUGGUUGUAUUGUUGGCAUAUCAUCAGACUCAGCAAGUGCUGUUGUGAUCUAGACCUAUCUGUGCGUCAUGAAUCUGUGACGGCGCUUUCACAACAAGAUUUGGGAUGAUUGGCUGAGUCCGUCAAGAACCUGGUAGUGAAGAGUGACGUCCUGGGUUUUACCUCCAGACCAUUCUUAUCUCCAUUCUUGACGACUUGGAGUAAACACCAAUAUCUCAGAUGACGUCAUCGACCGAGGUGCACAAUCCUUAGUUGAGUGUGCAUGAGACAUUAGAGAGCUGAUAAUCACCCGAGAAGUACGUUCAGUUAUGCAAAUUAUGUACACGUAUUACUAUGUAUCCUACCUCUUGUACAUGCUCACCCCAUUGUUGAUCUAGUAAAAUCAUUAGUCCAUCUUCUUAACUAGAUAUCUAUGAAUAUUAUCGCUCACGUGAGGAACGAAUGAUAAGCUGUAGCUGUGUAUUCAUUCGGAGCUUUACUAAUAAAGUACACGUCAUUUAUCUGACUACAAUGUAUCAAUUUUGUUUUUUUUGUUUUUUAAAAAUCGUUUUUCUUUUGGUCAGGGAAAAAAAGAAAAGAAAGAAACGGACAUAGUUAUCAAAUUUUGCUUUUAAGUUCUUAGGUUGUUUUUUGCCUGGUCUUCAAGUGAAGAAUACAAUAAAAGGUGUUUGGAUUUUAAGGGUGUUGUCAUUGUUUGUUGUAAAAAAUUUUGUUUUGCAGAAUUUGAUUUUCUCUACAUUUGAAAAAGUGUUAUUGGUCAUAUUUUUCUUUCAUUUUCUGUUUUGAUCUUCAAACAAAGAUAAUAAUAUGGUAAACUUUUGUUACAUUAGAUUUUUUCACAUUUGUACAUGGCGUUUCCUGGCUUAUACCAUUUGCCAAGAGACAAACGACAAUAGCUGAAACGCUGUGAGGUAAUGUGGAAAAAUGUAAUGAGAAGAGCUUAUUUUAAACUUUCAGCUAAGUAAACAGGACAGAAAACACGUUAUUGAAAAAUGUCGUGAAUGAGUGAAAGACUUAAUUUGUUCUUUUUGAGAGAAACUGUUAUUGCUGUACUUCCUUGGAAUGCUUGAGAUCGAAUGUGAAUGAGUUGAGGGGACGACAUUUUACUAUACUCAAAAAUGCCCUUGUCGAGUGAUUAAAAAUUGUACUCUUGAUUCAGAAUAGCCUUAGUCCCAUAGAGCAUGUUUAUAGAGCAGCAAAUUGUACUCUGUUUUUGGUGUGUGUGUGUGUUGUCAGCAUUUGGGUGGCCUGAUUGUUUAUGUGUGAAGUGUACAUAAUAACAAGUUUCAAAGUAAAUGUAAUAUCCACAGUAA